UGUCCCAAUAUCAUUUGCAUUUUUUUUCUUCCCAUUUGUUGUACGGUCGUGUUCUCGUUGUCAUCUCGUCUGUGACUCCCCUUUAAGGAUGACGUGUUGGCUUCUCGCUUGGUCGCUGCCAUUUUUAGCAUGUUGCAACGGAGUUCCUCGGCAGACUAAAGGUCUCGCGGCGGCCUUGGACGAAGGUCAUAUUAGAGGGGACAAUCCCAUUCCAGGUGCGGGUGUGGGUACAGAGGAGUGUCCGAAUGAAAGCGGACGCAAGACCCAGACUGGCGGUACGGAGUGCGACAAUGAAGGCAUACACUGGAGUUGUACGGUUUCCGGCCACAAACGAGGUCUUGCAGAAGCCGAACGUUGUAUGGCGCAUGUUAACACAAUCGUGGACAGUGGAAAGCCCAACAUUGAUUUUGAGGCACUGGAGCGUCUCGAAAAGGCGCUGGAGCGGACCGAGGUGAACGAGACCACGUCCAUGUUUGUGGGCCACGUGAUCGCCCUCCUGGUCAAGCCCAGAGGACGCCACACAGGCCUGGACAUUUCUGCCAGCGACAGCCAGGCUGAGGCGGGCAUGACCGUCAACAACAGCAAAGUUAGCGUCCAGCUGCCACGAGAGCUGCACAACAGCUGGGACGACACCAUCUUGUUCUGCUUGGUGACCUGGCCUCGCUCCAUAUGGAACGUCACCUCAGAGGAACUCUACCAGAAAAGGCUGCUCGGCUUGAGUGUGCGCGGAAAAACUAUUGCGGGACUGAAGGAGCGUGUGAACAUCACCAUCAACACUAUCACGCUCAACGAAACCCAAAGCCCCAGAUGUGCCUUUUGGAAUUCCUCCACAAAGACAUUCAGCAGCAGCGGUUGUCGGACCGUCUGGGAACGGGGUCAGAGUCAAGUGACCUGCUCCUGCAACCACCUCACCUACUUUGCUGUUCUCAUACUGUCCGCUCCCCUCUCGGACACAAAUGAGGCGGUGCUGUCGUACAUCUCUCUGAUUGGCUGCAGCCUCUCUCUCUUCGCCCUUGUCAUCACGCUGCUGCUCUUCAUCAGCAAAAGGAAAAUCCGCGAGGACGUGUCCAUGAAGGUGCACGUCAAUCUGGCGGUGGCGCUCAUCCUGCUCAACACGCACUUCCUGCCCAGCCAGGCGGCGGCGCUGUCGUCCCCUGAGCUCUGCCUUUACGUGGCGCUGGCGCUGCACUACUCCCUGCUGGCCACCUUCAGCUGGAUGGCGCUGGAGAGCUUCCACCUCUACCUGCUCGUCGUGCGCGUCUUCAACAUCUACAUUCGCAGAUACACGCUCAAGCUCGGCUUGGUGGGAUGGAGUAUUCCCGCCGCCAUCGUGAUCCUGGUGGUCUUUAUAGAACCAGACGCUUACGGGCGCGUGGCCCUGGACGUGGCCGACCCCAACAGCACUCAAAUAUGCUACAUGGUGGGCAGCACGGUGAAGAUGGUGAGCACACUGGGCGUCUUCAGCGUAGUGUUUGCCUUCAACAUCGUCAUGUUCGCGGUGACCGUCCACCGUUUGAUCGGCCACCGCUACAGGAAACGGUUUGGUCAGGACGAGCGAGGGCGAGCAAAGCAGAACAUCAUCACGGUGCUGGGACUCAGCGCCCUGCUGGGCAUCACCUGGGGCCUCAUCUUCUUCUCCUUCGGCCACCUGACCACAGUGGGCUUCUACCUCUUCUGCAUCCUCAACUCACUGCAAGGUUUCUUCAUCUUUUUGUGGUUCGUCAUGUCGUUGAGAAAGUCGAGAUCCUCGACGGCAAGCAGUAAAACGCCGAGCGCGAGCAGCUGAGACGCGGAGACCUUCACCGUGAACUUACUCACGAUGACAAAUAAAUCCUAUUCUAGCUAUUUUUUCAAA